GCUCAAUAUAAAUAACAAAGCAACCCAUCAAAUCUUCGUAUUCUCUCUCGUUUCAUUUCUCGAAAAUCGUAGGGUUUAGUUAGGGUUUUACAUACUGUUCUCAUCUCACUCUUGGUAAAUCGGUCUGAAAGAUGCAACAACCACAACAUCCGACGUUGAAUUCUACGCCUCCAUUACCUUCGAAUACCAUCACCACAGAGCAGAUUCAAAAGUACUUGGAUGAGAACAAACAGUUGAUUUUGGCGAUACUGGAAAACCAAAACCUUGGAAAACUCGCCGAAUGUGCACAGUAUCAAGCACUGCUUCAGAGGAAUUUGAUGUAUUUAGCUGCAAUUGCUGAUGCCCAACCACAAGGAUCAACAUUGCCCUCUCAAAUGGCCCCACAAUCUGUUCUGCAACCAGGGAAUUACAUGCAGCAAACUCAAGCUGCAGCACCUCAGCAACACCAAGGUGUUCCUGGUCCGAGGUUGCCUUUCCAACAUAAUGCCCUUCGACCUCAAGAUCAGCAACAGCAGCUACUCCACUUCCAGCAACAGCAACAACUUCUUCAAGGCCACCUUGGCCUGAGAUCCAACGCCAACAAUGGCAUGCAUCAGGCUAUGCAACCUGGACUUGGCACAUCAGGCAGUUCGGCAGAUGCACGAGGAAGUAAACAAGAUGGUUCAGAGGCGGGUUCUGGUGAUAGACAAGGCAGAUCAGCAUCUGGUCGAGGCAACAGGGAGGAUAGGCAACCAUAAGUUUUUGGUGAUGCUGGGAUGGUGAUGUCUGCUACUUGAUUUCUCUUAAAAGUGUCUAGCACUUCUUGAGCAUUGGGGUACCUCGAAUUUUCUCAAUACGUGUGAGCAGACGAGCAACAUCAAUUUUUCUUUAAUCAUACAAAGAAUGGUACUGAUAGUGUUGCAGCCAAUGGUCCCUGUGGCAGGGUGUUGUUUCAUUAGUCACAUCUGUAUGUGAAGAAAACUAAUGCAUUUCACACAAUUUCUCUUUCGUCGAAUGCACUUUACAUUGUCAAGCUGAAUUUACUU